AUGGCCAUUCGCAUUUUCGUGGCGCUUCUUGCCUUUGCGACUGCCCGCGGCGAGGACAUCGAAGCUGCGAUGGCUGUUGAUGACACCUGCACCGCUGGUGGUCCACCAGCUGCGCGGUAUGAGCUCGAGGGCGGCAAGUGCCAGAACCCUACAGACCUCAAGAUUUGGAAGAGCGGCGGCAGGAGGAGCUUCGACUCGGCAUUGAACCACUGCGGCCGCUCUUGUGCAGCAGGCUUUCCGUGCACCCAGGACUGCAUGAAGAAGCAGGGCUACUCCGCGGGUUGCGCCGGGUGCAUGGCCCAGCUCGUGGGCUGCUCCCGCGACAAUUGCAUCAACCAGUGCAUCAGCAGCGACAGCAGCCCUGCCUGCACGGGCUGCGUGAAGAAGCACUGCCGUCCGAAGAUGAAGGGCUGCAGCGGCUUCAACGUCGGGGGCCACUAG